UGCCGGCCAGGCGGAGGAAGGCGAUCUGGGCUGCAAGACGAGGCUUGCAACCUGGGGAAUUAAAGUCGAAUCUGCAAUUACGCUGCCCGAUGCCAGGUCGGUGCGGGUCUCCGUCCCCGCGGCCCUUGCCCGCUGUGGCUGGCGUGCGGCGAGGGGCUGCCUGGGCUCCGCGCCUGCCCGAGGCACUCAGAGGAGGCGGCGACACUGCCCAGCCGGCGGUCAGCUCCGCAUCCGCAGCAGCAUCCCGCAGCCCAGGCGCGCGUUUAAAUGCCAGCGGUACAGGAAGCUGGCGUGUGUGGGAAGUCCCCGAAUACUGGCAAGGCCCGGCUGGCCCCACGGUGCGGGCGACGCGAAGCCGAGCAGGGCGCCGCCAUGUCUGUGGGCAGGCGCCCGCCGGCCGCGCGGUCGAGGGACGCGGAGAGUCCUGUAGGAAAGCGCUGACAUUUCGGAGCCCGCCUCUGGGGGUUUGAUUUGGGAACAGCGCCCUCUCAGGGACGGCUGCGAAGACAGCGUUGACCUUCUAGGGUACUGAAUGCUGUCCCUGCUUUGAUAGCUCUGCUCCUUUAGUUACUGAGGAGUCAAGACAUUUGGGGAAGUCAGAAAGAGAGCCGACUUAGCAGACCUAUGAUGCAUUCAGGCUGAAAUGGACUGCGGUUCAGGCCUUAAGGAGCUGCAGAGAGAGGCGGGCUGCUGGGAUUUCCCUGGGGAUCUUCAGAGGAGCGGAGACUAUCAGGGAGAAGUGUGGGACCACAGCCAAGCCUGCCAUGGCUCUGUGUCCACCUCUCGGAGGCAGAUGGAAGCUGGGGUGGAAGGAUUCAAUGCAGGGCUCUCUGCAUCUCCCCCAGCAAAACUAUGAGGCGCUGCUGGACCGCUGCUUGAGGGACCACUGCCUCUUCGAAGACAGCAGCUUCCCAGCCACCCAGAGCUCCAUCGGCAGUGGGGCUCUGCUGCAGAAGCUGCCUCAACGCCUGCAGUGGAGGCGACCCCCGGAGCUGCACAGCAAUCCUCAGUUCUAUUCUACUAGGACCAAAAGGCUGGAUCUGUGCCAGGGAGUAGUAGGGGACUGCUGGUUCUUGGCUGCUUUGCAAGCUCUGACUUUGCAUGAAGACAUCAUGAGACGGAUUGUUCCCCUGAAUCAGAGUUUCACUGAGAAUUACGCGGGCAUCUUCCGGUUCUGGUUCUGGCACUUUGGGAAGUGGGUUCCUGUGGUGAUAGAUGACCGUCUGCCUGUGAAUGAGGCUGGCCAGUUGGUCUUUGUUUCCUCCACCUGUAAGAACUUGUUCUGGGGAGCCCUUCUGGAAAAGGCCUAUGCCAAGCUCUGUGGUUCUUAUGAAGAUUUGCAGUUUGGACAGGUGUCUGAAGCCCUUGUGGACUUUACUGGAGGGGUGACAAUGACCAUCAACCUGUCAGAAGCCCCUGGCAACCUGUGGCACACCCUAACCCAAGCCACCUACAGCAGAACCCUCAUUGGCUGCCAGACUCAUUUAGGGAAGGAAAGGGUGCUGGAGAACGGGCUGGUGGACGGCCAUGCCUAUACUGUCACAGGAAUCUGGAAGGUGACCUGCAAAUAUGGACCUGAGUACCUAGUGAAGCUACGAAACCCCUGGGGGAAGGUGGAAUGGAGAGGAGAUUGGAGUGACAGCUCAAGUACAUGGGAGCUGCUGAGCCCCAAGGAGAAGAUUCUGCUUCUGCAGAAAGAUAAUGAUGGAGAAUUCUGGAUGACACUGCGGGACUUUAAAGCACAUUUUUCACUCCUGGUCAUCUGUAAACUAACUCCAGGCCUGUUGAGCCCAGAAGUGGGCCAGAAAUGGAUGUACACCAUGCAGGAGGGCCGGUGGCAAAAGGGAAGCACGGCUGGUGGCCGGAUGGAGUCCCCUCGAGACACAUUUUGGAAGAACCCACAGUUCCUGCUGUCCAUCUGGAGGCCUGAGGAGGGCAGGAGGUCCCGGGGUCCCUGCAGCCUGCUGGUGUCUCUGCUCCAGAAGCCUAGACACAGGCACCGCAACCGGAAGCCUCGCCUGGCCAUCGGCUUCUUCCUCUUCAGAGUGAGCAAGUGCUAUGAGGACCAGAGGAAGCUGCCCCCUGAGUUCUUCUGGAGCAAUGCUCCCCUGAGCUGGCCCGAGGUGUUCCUCACAGAGAGGGAAGUGAGUCGGGAGCUGUGGCUGGAGCCUGGCACGUACCUCCUCGUGCCCUGCACAUCCGAGGCCCACAAGGAGGCGGAGUUCCUCCUCAGGCUGUUCUCCAGGAAGCACACCUUACAUGAACUGGGCAGCAAUUCCAGUGUGGCCUUCUCUAAGGAGAUAGUAGAUCAAAACAAAGGGCAGGAUGAAUUCUUCACCAAAGUCUUUGGAAAGUAUCCAGAAAUAAAUGCAGUUCAAUUGCAGAAGAUCCUGAACCACGUGAUCUGGCCAGGUCUGGCAAACGCACCACCGCUCUUCAGCCUUGAUUCCUGUCAGGGGAUCCUGGCCCUCCUGGAUCUUACUGCAUCAGGUACUAUGAGCAUCCAAGAAUUCAGGGGCCUGUGGAAGCGGCUGAUGCUCUAUCAGGAGGCAUUCCACAAGCAAGACAGUCAUGGGUCAGGAUACCUCCGCUGGGUGCAGUUGCAGGCUGCCAUGAGGGAGGCAGGAGUCGUGCUGAGGGACAGAGUCUGCCAGCUGAUGCUCCUGCGCUAUGGUGGCCCCAGCCUCCGGAUUGACUUUGUCAGCUUUGUCCAGCUGAUGCUGCGUGUGGAGAACAUGGAGGAUGUCUUCCAAAAUUUAACCCAAGAUGGCAAAGGGAUAUACCUCCAGAAACCAGAGUGGCUGAUGAUGACCCUGUACUCCUGAGAAGGCCAGAGUUGGUCUGCUGUCACUAAGGACUCUGCAUAUGUCCCAACACUACAGAGACCAACUGAUGUUCAGUGCACUUUCUGCUCCUCAGGACCACAUACCAGCCACCACCCCCUCAAAUGGGAAGAUUUCUUCCCUGGAGGAAGAUUCCAUUCCUUUCAGUGGCCAGUAUGUGAAAAGGGAAGGCAGGAAGCAAAGAUUUCCUUGGAUUUGUUAAGUCCAGCUACCUUUCCCUGUGGCCACAGCCUUGUGAUGAACAGAGAUGUUACCUGAUACGGCCUAGGCAGUCUGACUGCAGAGCUGGGGUGGCCUCUGCAGCGCCUCCGUGCCCCCGUGCCUGGCCGACUUAAAUAACACUUAGGUGAGGAUACCCUUAGAUGCCUCUAUCAGCAUCUGUAAAUUGGUAGAGGUAUAGCCUAAGUUUCAAUCAUUUGGGGACGGGGCUAGGAAUUUUAAGAACACAGGCAGUAAGAGUUGGCAAGAUCAGGUGGGCAUGCUGGCUCUGGCAUCCAAGCCCUCUGUUGUCUUUGGCUAACAAUAUUUUGCCAGAUGACUGGAUUUAGGGCACUGGUGGAUUUUAAACACCUGAGUUCUCAAAGGCCUUCAUUCUUUUAUCAGUCUGUUUAUUUGACCAAUGAACUAUCAGAUCCACUUCAGAUCAGAACUUCUCUGUGUACC